UUUGGUCUGUACUCUUUAACAUACAAAACAUUUUUCAGUUUGACAAAAGUUUUCGUGUUGUAAUGGCGACACCACCGUUAACGCCAAGAAUGCUGACUCCGACGACAAUGUCACCUCUCGGGAGUCCAAAGUCGAAGAAAUCAACAGCGACGGUACGUCCUGAGAUCACGCUAGAGCAACCGUCUGGAAAAAACAAAACAACAGGUUCCAAAUCGACGAAACUCUUCCGCCGCGUCAGGUCCGUGUUCCGGUCACUCCCGAUCAUGUCACCGAUGUGUAAAUUCCCCGUAGGAGGAGGAAGGCUACACGAGAACCACGUCCACGGUGGGACACGUGUCACGGGGACGUUGUUCGGAUACCGCAAAACGCGAGUGAACUUAGCGGUCCAAGAGAACCCGCGUUCUUUGCCGAUUCUGUUACUGGAGCUAGCGAUCCCUACGGGGAAGCUGCUCCAAGAUCUUGGAGUCGGUUUGGUGAGAAUCGCGUUGGAGUGUGAGAAGAAACCGAGUGAGAAAACCAAGAUCAUCGAUGAACCGAUUUGGGCUCUGUAUUGUAACGGUAAAAAAUCCGGUUAUGGUGUGAAGAGACAACCAACGGAAGAGGAUCUAGUCGUGAUGCAGAUGCUCCAUGCAGUGUCUAUGGGAGCUGGUGUAUUACCGGUGAGCAGCGGCGCGACGGAGCAAAGCGGUGGAGGAGGAGGGCAGCAAGAAGGAGAUUUGACGUACAUGAGAGCACAUUUCGAGAGAGUGAUCGGUUCAAGAGACUCGGAGACGUAUUACAUGAUGAAUCCUGAUGGCAACAGUGGACCUGAGUUAAGUAUUUUCUUCGUUCGGGUUUAAUCAAUUGAAAACCGACGUCGUUUUAGGGGAAACAAUUUAACCGUUCUUUUUUUCUUUUUCUAAUACUACAUAUGUUCUUCUUCUACUUUUUUUUAUUUUGUUUGUUUUUUUUUGGAAUUUCUUAUUUGGUAAAGCACUUGAAACGAUUUGUUGGUGAUGUGUGUGUAUGUAUAUACAUGAAUAUAUAUACACUACAUUACAUCUGUUGGAGAAUGCAACUCUGUGUAGAUGAUAAAAUGUAAGUUUGG